CCGCGUCCUCAUCCUCGUCGUCCGCCUUCCGCCGCUUGCAGGGAGGUGCGUGCGGGCUCCGCGGCGCCCCGCCGCUCUUGCGCCUCCGCGUUCUGCGCGGCCGCCGUCGCCGCUUCCCCGCCGCCUGAGCGGUCUGCGCGGGCUCCGAGGGUUCUUGCUGCGGCGGCUGCUUCUGCAGCUCCCGCUCUCGGGCCCGGCACCGCAGCCGCUCCAGCAGCGCGCGAGCCCGGCCGUCCGCCUCGGCCUCCGCCCCGGCCGCCUCGGGGCCCGCGUACCGCGCAACGUGGAAGAGCGCCAUGCCACCCGCCGCGCGCCAGUCCGGCCCGACGCGCCACGAUGACGAGGGGGCGGGGCGCGACGUCAUCAGGCGCCGGCGGUGACGUCAGUGGCGCGCCGGGAGGCGGAGCCGGUGGGCGGCUGAGUUGGUCUCUGCCGCGUGGGGUGGCGGCAUGGAAGGGGAAGCCGGCCCUGGGGGCGCGCGCCGGGCGUUGGGCCGCCUGGUGGAGGCGGUGCUGGCAAACCGAGGCAAGGCCAACGCCGUGUUCGACAUCCUGGCCGUGCUGCAGUCUGAGGACCAGGAGGAGGUCCACGAAGCGGUGCGCGCAUGCAGCCGACUUUUCGGGGCCCUGCUGGCCCGCGGAGAGCUGUUUGUGGGCCAGCUGCCCUCUGAGGAGAUGGUCAUGGCAGGGUCCCGGGGGGCCACUCGCAAGUACAGGGUGUGGAUGCGGCACCGGUACCACAGCUGCUGCAACCGCCUGGGGGAGCUCUUGGCUCGCUCCUCCUUUCGGAUCAAGGAGCUGGCCCUCAGCACCCUCAUGAAGUUCGUGCAGCUGGAGGGCGAACACCCCCUGGAGAAGCCCAAGUGGGAAGGCAACUAUCUGUUCCCCUACCAGCUCUUCAAGUCGGUGGUAGGAGGCCUGCUCUCUCCAGAAGAGGACCGCUCCCUGUUGCUCUGUCAGUUCCGGGAGUACCUGGAACACGACGACAUCCGCUACCACACGAUGCAGGCCGCGGCGGACGCUGUGGCCCGGGCCACUGAUGGGCGCCCUGAGGUGCCCCUCGCUUUUUGGAACAACGCCUUCACGCUGCUGUCCUCCGUGAGCCUGCCCCGCCAGGAGAGCGCCCCCCCCAGCUUCUACGUGAAGCACGCGGAGCUCUCGGACAAGUGGAAGGUCGUUCAUCUGAGGGAGCACAGGAAGGCCUUCCAGCAGAUGUGGCUCGGCUUCCUCAAGCACCAGCUGCCUCUCCGCAUCUGCAAGAAGGUGCUGGUGAUCAUGCAUGACUCCAUCCUGCCUCACCUGGCGCAGCCCAGCCUCAUGAUCGACUUCCUCGCCCGCGCCUGUGACGUCGGUGGAGCCGUCAGCCUCCUGGCUUUGAACGGACUUUUCAUCCUGAUUCAUAAGCACAACCUGGAGUACCCUGACUUCUACCGGAAGCUGUAUGGCUUGCUCGACCCGUCUGUCUUCCACGUCAAGUACCGGGCGCGCUUCUUCCACCUGGCUGACCUCUUCCUGUCGUCCUCGCAUCUGCCUGCCUACCUGGUGGCUGCCUUCACCAAGCGCCUGGCCCGCCUGGCCCUGACAGCACCCCCCGAGGCUCUACUCACGGUCCUGCCCUUUAUCUGCAACCUGCUGCGCAGACACCCAGCCUGCCGCGUCCUCGUGCACCGCCCCAGGGGCCCUGAGCUGGACGCCGACCCCUAUGACCCCCAAGAGGAGGACCCUGCCCGGAGCCGAGCCCUGGAGAGCUCCCUGUGGGAGCUGCAGGCCCUCCAGCAGCAUUACCACCCCGAGGUGUCCAAGGCCGCCAGCGCCAUUAACCAGGCACUGUCCGAAGCCGAGGUCAGCAUCGCGCCGCUUCUGGAGCUCACCGCCUUCCAGAUAUUCGAGCAGGACCUGCAGAAAAAAGGGCCCGAGCCAGUGCCAUUGGAGUUCAUCCCGGCCCAGGGCCUGCUGGGCCGGCGGGGCGACCUCUGUGCCCAGCACUUCACGCUGAGCUGACCCUGCGCGCCCCGCUGCCCCCGACAGAUGGUCUUGUGGGAAAGCUGCUGGGGGGUGCUGGUGGGCGGGGGUCUCGGGAGGUGCAGGUCCUUCACCUGUGCCCCUGGGGCUGGGGUCAGAGUGCCGUCCACCUGCCGCCCCUCCACCCGCCUACCCUGCUGGCCUCACCGGAGGGUGCUGCUCGGGGCCCUCCCUUCCCUGCGGCCUGGUGGGGAGGGGCGAGGUGGGGUAUGGGGGGCGCUGCAGGGCAGCCCCUGCUUCCAGGGCCUCAAGUUACAAGCGCGCCGGGUCGUGGCUUUUGUCGGCCCCCGCGAUUCCCCCCCAAGACGCGCCAGGCUCUCUGCAUCGCUGUGCUUCCUGACACGGGGCGGCCGUGAGAGCCUGUCUGCUGCAGUUAGACUGUGACGUGGGAGUGACGGGGUGGCUCUGUGCCCCGGUCAGUCUCGGCGGGGAGCACAGAGAGGGGCACGAGCUCUCUGUGCCUGGCCAGGCCCUACUGAGGUCACCUUUGUCCCCAGAAGCACAGUGAGUCCGGGGGUGAGCGUCUGCCCCAUCGAGGGGUUACAGGCGGGGCUGGUUCAUUCCUCCAUCCCCUGAGCAGAGUGGGCCAGCAGCCCGAUUGUUUCCACGGUUAUCUUUUAGAGGUUUCUUUUGUGCCAAAGGUGGCGGGUUUUCCGGCUCUGGUAGUGACCCCGUUUCCUUUAAAAAAAACCCACUUGGUCCGGCACACGCCUGGAGCCGGCCCACGGUUGGCAGGGGCUGGUGGGGGCACGGGGUGGGGCAGCCCACAGGGAGAUAAGACACCUCGCUGCCCUCCGCCUCCUGUGCCCCACUCCUGGCCCCGCCCUGCCCCUCCCCCCGGGGAGCAGGGUGGGAGCUCGUGGUGGGCACCCUGGAGUCACAGCAGGGAAGGGUUCCGCCAGUCUGGUGUCCAGGUACCCCCCACCGGCCCGGGGUCCCAGUGCACGCUGCUGGUAGCAGCACACCACGUGGCCCCGGUGCCCUUCACCCGUCUUCCCACGUCUGUUACUGAGCUGGAAACCGCCUUGUCCCUGGGGCGCAGGGCUUGCCUGGAGCGGGGGGCGGGGGUGGGCGGUCUUGAGAGAGCCGGGCCGUCUGGCACCAGGAGUGUCCAGUGGGCCAGAGGCCGCCGUGCCUUGUGUGGGGAUGCCAGGGGGCAGUGCUGGACGGCCUGAGGCCUCCCGCUUUUCUUGAAAAAUGCCACUGUGUAAAAAAAUUUACAAACUACAAAACACUUGAACGGUCUCUCUUGGUCUUGUCUGCAUUCGGCGUCCUGCGCUCCCGUAGGUCCUGGCUGUGGCCCGUAGCCGCGCUGGUUCCCCGGGCAGCUGCACUCUGCCGUGUUUGCCCUCCGGCAGGUCCCCAUUUCCUGUCCUCUGGCCCUGGUUGUCCGUGGGGGAAGGGGGGUGAGAGUGCCCCUCCCAGCAGCUGUGAGGUUGGCUGGGAGGCCGCGUGGUGGGUUGGAGGUAAGAACUGAACGGGGGGACUGGGGCCACCGCUGGGGCUCUGCCUGUCCUUCAGGAGCCCGAGGGGUGGCCGGGACAGCCUCCGGGGCACAUGGGGCUGACUGCAGGGCUCCUGGCUCCAGGGGAGGUACAAGCUCAGACUUUCAAGGGCUUUGGAACCACCUGGGAUCAAGGAAGAUGUCUAUGUGGGCGGGCGGAGGGAGGGAAGGGCCUCGGGCAGGUGUACCUGAGGGCGGAGGACAUAGCGGCUCCCUGGUCUGUACCAGGAGACCAUCCUGAGCCGCUUGUGAGCAACCCACCUCUGAGCCCAGAGACAAGAAUGCAGGCGCUUAGAAAGAGUAAACGUUUGUAUGUUUAAAAAGAAGAAAAGACAGGCACCAGCGAACCCGCGACUGGCAGCCUCAGCCCGCCAGCGGCUCCCUGGGAGGAGGACAAAGGGGAAGCCCGCUGCCUUUCCUUAACUACAGCCCCGCCCCGGGUUGUCUGGCCUUUGUAAGUUACAAAGCGGCACGCGCCUAACUAGGAGCUCAAGUGAAAGGGCAGCGUGUGGGGAGAUGAGGAAGCCUGCUCGCUCCCCAGCCCCGUAACCCACCCUCUCCUCUGCUGCCACUUCGCCCGCACAGACCCUCAUGCUUCCCGCGCCGGGGGAGAGGCCAGGUGCACCUGCCCAAAGCCUCCCUCCACCUGCCCACGUAGACGUUUUGUUUGUGGCGCUGGGGACGCUGUUGUUUCCUAGGUCCAGUUUUUACAAAUUGCUUAAAAAAAGAUUUCAGACACAAUGAAUACCUUUUUAGCUUAAGUAUGCCCCGUUUGAUAUUUGAGAUGCACUAAAUUUUAAAAGUUAAAGUGAAAUCCACAAAACAUCAAACUAACCACUGUCAAAUGCGUGAUUCAGGGACUUCCCUGGUGGCACAGUGGUUAAGAAUCCACCUGCCACGCAGGGGACACGGGUUCGAGCCCUGGUCUGGGAAGGUCCCACAUGCCACAGAGCAACUAAGCCCGUGCGCCACAACUACUGAGCCUGUGCUCUAGAGCCCGCGAUCCACAGCUACUGAGCCCGUGCACCACAACUACUGAGGCUGCACUCCAGAGCCCGCGAGCCACAACUACCGAAGCCCGUGUGCCUAGAGCCUGUGCUUUGCAACAAGAGAAGCCACUGCAAUGAAGACCAG